AUGACCAUUAUGAUUGUGAUUUUCUGCAUGGUCAGCACCCCAACUUUUGGCUCACCUCCACCCCUUGAAAACCGUUCCGCAGCCCCACUGCACUAUAACGGUAGUGACAAAGAGUUGUACGGAGAUGUUCGCCUUGUUGAUGGAUACACCUCAUCUGGUCGGGUUGAGAUCUAUUUAAACGGUCAGUGGGGUACAGUCUGUGAUGACGACUGGGAUGACUAUGAUGCACUGGUAGUUUGUCGACAGCUUGGAUAUUCAGGAUCUGCUUUAGCAACGACCUAUGCUUACUUCGGCCAAGCUGGAUUAGAAGGCGAUAUUCGCCUUGUAGGUGGAUGGGCGUCCAACCAAGGUCGUGUUGAGAUCUAUCACCUUGGUCAGUGGGGUACUGUCUGUGAUGACAGUUGGGACGACUAUGAUGCGAGGGUUGUUUGUCGACAGCUAGGAUACACGGGCAGUGCCGAAACCAGGAGUCUUGUUACAUAUGGAGAAGGAUCUGGGCCAAUCCAUCUUGAUGGUGUCAGAUGCUUUGGAACUGAAUCCAGAUUGGCUGAUUGCAAUCAUAAUGGUUGGGGUAUCCAUGAUUGCUUACAUUAUGAAGAUGCUGCCGUUUAUUGCUUUGACGAUCUGAGAGCACAAAUCCGCCUGGUUGAUGGGUCCACCCCGAAUGAAGGUCGAGUUGAGAUCUACUACAGCGGACAGUGGGGCACAGUCUGUGAUGACGGCUGGGAUGACAAUGAUGCGCAGAUAGUUUGUCGACAACUUGGAUAUUCAGGCUCUGCUGUGGCCAGGGGUGAAGCUUACUACGGUCAAGGAUCGGGGCCAAUACUCCUUGAUGAUGUAAGCUGUUCAGGAUAUGAAAGCAGGUUGAUUGAUUGCAGUAAUAGCGGAUGGGGAAUCAAUAACUGUGGACAUUCUGAAGACGCUGGAGUAGAAUGCUCUGACGAUGGAACGGUACAAAUUCGGCUUGUGGAUGGUGCUUCUUCAAAUGAGGGAAGGGUUGAGGUAUUUUACUUCGGCCAGUGGGGGACAAUCUGUGAUGACGGUUGGAGUAGCGCUGAUGCGCAGGUUGUUUGUCGACAGCUUGGAUACUCAGGUGAUGCUUUCGCCAGGAGUGCUGCUUACUACGGACAAGGGUCAGGUCCAAUACUCCUAGAUGAAGUUAGUUGUUUGGGAUCUGAAUCGACACUGAGUGAAUGUGGCCAUCUCGGUUGGGGUACCAACGAUUGCCAACAUUCUGAAGAUGCAGGAGUGUCUUGCGAUUGGCUUGAUUGGGGUAAGUUGAAAUUACCAAACUUCACUCUCUGUAACUGAAGUGACAAUCCGUUUCAUAGACUCGAUGGAAACUGUCCGUCGAAUUUCUCCAUACCAUUUAAGAGAGGAGUAUAAGCAAUUGGUCUUGAACGGAUGUACUCU